AUGGGGGGAUCAUUAUCGCGACUUUGGUCGUUGAUUUGGACCAAGAAGGAAAUUCGAAUCCUUAUCUUGGGCCUUGAUAACGCCGGAAAGACCACUCUUCUCUACAGACUUAAGAUCGGCGAAGUCGUCACCACCAUUCCCACUAUUGGAUUCAACGUCGAAUCAGUGACUUAUAAAAACCUCAAUUUCAAUGUCUGGGAUCUCGGAGGCCAAACAUCCAUCCGUCCCUACUGGCGGUGUUACUACGCCAACACAGCCGCUGUUAUUUUUGUCAUCGACUCCACAGAUAUUGAGCGGCUGGGAACUGCGGCAGAUGAACUGGCAGCAAUGUUGAGCGAGGAGGAGCUCAGUGACUCGGCGCUGCUGGUAUUUGCCAACAAACAGGAUCAACCCGGAGCCAAAGGCGCAGGGGAGAUCUCGGAGGCAUUGAAACUCGGAGAGCUGCGCGACCGGAACUGGAGUAUCGUGGCUUGUUCCGCUAUCGAUGGCAAGGGUAUUGACGAGGGAAUGGACUGGCUAGUGCAAACAAUCCAGGCCGACAACGCAUGA